GUUGGCGCCAGAAGAUCAGUGGCGCCAGCUGUACGUAAGUACAGAGAGAGGAAGACUGCAACGAGUUCAGACGCAAGGCAACGUCGCUAGAUUUAAGGGCCGUCGUCAGUGCAGAGCCUGCAAGCGAGUUUUUUUCUAACGCCUAAAGAGAGGAAAGGAGGCCCACCCUGCUUCCUGCCUCUUGUUGCGAAGAAAGAAACACCAAAACAUUUCAUUGUGGGAAAGCGGGGCUCUCUGAGCAACGCUAAGCUUUCAUUACACGGGAAAAACGGAAGUCGUUGGGCUGGAGUGUGUUCUCAUGGCCGAGUCAGAGACUGAGUGUGACACGCCGGGCCUUGACACACUGGGCUCCGAGUGUGUCAUUGCCCAUACCCAAGUUGGAGACCUGCACUAUGCGGCAGAGACAGAAAUUAUGACUCAGGAGGACAAACGGGGGCUCGAUCUUGAUGGUAUUCAUGGCUCAGAUCUGUCCAAAAUACAAGGUCUUGGCCCUGAGUUGGGUGCUGUCACUUGUGUUGAUGCUGACCAAAUGGUAACCGAGACAGACCAUGACUACACCAAGGCAGAUCAGACAGGCCUCCAGUGCUUUGGAGGGCCUGACAUUAAGAAUGAGGGCAAUGAAGCCUUUUUGGGCGAAGUUCUCCUUAAAGCAGAGAUGAGUGGCGCUGGGCCUGAUCAUGUUGUCAAAGCUGAGUCGGACCAUGGAGGUGAGCUCACUGUGGAGUCUGAAAAUGGUGUGGUCAUUCACGAAGCCCACGGGCUACAAUGCAACGAGUGUGGUGAGAUUUUCAGCAGCAUCACAGAUCUCCAUCAACACUUUGAGAUCCACAAAGCCACCAACCCCUACAUCUGUGUUCACUGUGGUGAAAGCUUUGCAGUGGACUCCAGUCUGAAGGCUCACAUGAAAAUCCACAUGAAGGAAAAGAGUUACGGCCCCACUGGAGUGGAGCUAGUUGGCAAAGUUGGCAUCGACGCCUUCAACCUGAAGCCCCACCAGAUGAUGCAUUCUCCAGAGAAGCCCCACAGAUGCUCAGAGUGUGGGAAGAGCUUUGCUGCUGCCAUCACCCUCAGAGAGCACAUGAAGAUGCAUUCAGAUGACAAGCCAUACAAAUGCACACAGUGCAGGAAGAGCUUUAUCCGCCGGCGCCACCUGAAAAAGCACCAGGAGAUGCACGCCCGUGAGAAGCCCUUCAGCUGCACCUUGUGCGGGAAAGGCUUUGCCACGGCCUCUAACUUGAAGCAACAUCAGAAGACCCAUGCUGGGGACAAGCCACACAGAUGCCUCCAGUGUGGAAAGUGCUUUGCUGCUGCUGCCACUCUGCGGGAGCACGCCAGGAUUCACUCGGGGGAGAAGCCCUACAAGUGCAACCAGUGCAGGAAGAGCUUUGUUCGCAAGCGCCACCUGAAGAAGCACCAGCUGGUCCACUCUGGUGGAAAGCCAUACCGCUGUUCCCACUGCGACAAGGGCUUCAACCAUUCCUCCUCCUUGUCUCGGCACAACAAAACCCACCUGGAGGGGAAGAACAUGUAUAGCCCGCCAGAGAAGUUGAAGAACAUCUAUCCCCAUUCAGAGAAGUCAGUGAGUGUGUUCUAUGAUGCCCCAACUACAAAGAAGCGAGGUAUGCCUGGAGAAAGGCAAUACAGCUGCCGCUAUUGUGAGAAGACUUUCAACCAUUCGUCCUCCCUGUCAAGGCACCAGAAAACUCAUUCAGAUGGCAAGUCCUACGCCUGCUCCCACUGUGGGAAGAGUUUUAAUCACUCCUCCUCGCUAGCAAGACACCAGCGUGUCCAUUUGGACGAGAAGCCCACCUUCAGUGUUCCAUCAGGAAAGGGAUACAACCCUGUUGUCAAGCAAAGAAUCCUGCAAAGCGAGAAGCCAUACCGAUGCUCUCAGUGUGGAAAGGGUUUCAAUCAUUCAUCCUCCCUUUCUAGGCACCAUAGAAUCCAUAUAGACCAAUGAGCACAUGCUUGCAAUUGAAUGUGGUCUUUCCCCGUAGUUUGCUUCACCAUGUAACAAUGUCAGGCCACAUCUCAGCCGCAAGGUUUGUCCUUCAGUAUAAAAAUUACAAGUUAAACUAGUUGUGGCCUGGGCUGAAGUACUGUAAAUUCUUUACUCGGCUAAAUUUAGAAAGGUUCUCUUAUCCUCAAAUACAAAAAAAAAGACUGAGCCAUUAUCCCUAGUGAUCCUGCUUGAAUGGCUUGAUUUGUUACAUGCCUCAAUGUUUUUAAAGAUGAGUUCACCUAAAUAUGAUUAACCUGUAUAAUAAUAAUCUCAUCGUGAUUUCAGUAACGCUGACUCAGGCCGAUAUGUUUGAGAAGCUCUGCAUCUCCAUGUCAUCUUGCCCCUAAGGGCCCUUCACUGAAGUUGACAGCCGCAGAAGUUAUUGAAAACCAAGAGGUCUUGAAGCGAUUCAAGAAGGUCUUGACACAGUUUUCUUUGUUCAAGUCACCAUCGUUGGUUAACAUAAUAUCAUAUGUAAAUACUUGUUGAUUUUUUUUUUCUUUUUUAAAUAUAUGUAUAGAUGUGUAGUAUGCAGGUGUUCCUGAAGCUGAGCUAUAUUUUUGGUAUAAUCCCAUGAGUCUUGCCCAAUUUUUUUUUUUGCCUAGUUAUGACCUAAUAAUUUGGUGUUAACCAGUAGAUGUCACAGAUUUCACAUCUGCAGUGAACGAAGGAAAAAGGCGCACUCUCCUUUCCUUAAGAGCUUUAAAAAGGUGUAGCCUGACAGUGUAUUUUUGCAACCUCUUUAAAAAAAAAAAAAAAACCCUAGUCACUGGAUAAAACUCAACAGCUCCAUCAUGGUGUUUUGUGUUUGUCAACCUUUUUUGUAAUUUCUCUGAAGAGUAAAGUACAAGUAAAAUAAGAAUUGUCCAGUAUCUUCGAGUCCAUGAUCAUGCCCUCAACACCUUUUUUGAGCACAAAUGUGGACUGUACACCAACCGGUGUGAGCAUUUAGUGACACCCAAGUCCAGAGUUCAAAACAUGUUCAUGCCAGACUUGAUGUCAAAGGUGGCUUACUCAUUGCCUAAAGCAGUGUGGUGACCUCAGUCUUCAAGGUUAAACUAUGAUCAGCAUCCUACAGUGUCAUUUUUUGAUUGUGGGUGGGUGGGAGAUUUUAAUCCGAAAUGUAUGUUAGGAUUAAGUGGUUUAUACAUAUUUGAAAAGACAAACUUAUUCUUUGCUUUGAAGACUAAAUCAGUUAGCAGUGUAUAGCAUAUAGUUAACUUAUAUUCGAAAGACAUUCUACAAACUAUCAAAGACCGUGUAAUAGAUUGUGUAUACUCAGAAGUACGGAUUAUAGCUUGCUUUAAAGAACACCUAGUUUGACUUCAACAUUUUCAGAAUUCAGUGGGUUUGCACUUUCUACCUACCAGUUCUGUGUAUGAAAAAAUCUUUUACAAACUGAUGUAUUUUUUUAAAUAUGGUUUGGGUCAUUCGAAAGGGAAACGAAAGGUAUACUGUUUUUAUUGGAGUGAGCAUUAUAUAGAACAACUUUCUUUUCUCUUUUUCCUCCUUUGGUUAACAAUUGUGCUUCAGACGGUAGCAUAGGCUUCAUUGUUAGUUAGGUGCCUUAUUGCAUGCUGUGUAGAGAUGUAUGCUGAGCUAUAAUUGAAAAAAAAGUAAGGUUUUGGCUACCCCUCCUUUUGUUCCUAUGCAUACUAACCAAUGUUCAUUUUAAUUUGACUUCAUUUUUUUGUUUUGCUUAUCUGUAUAUGACUAUGUUUACACCGUUACUGUUGUCCUUUUAAUUUCCCAGUCUUUGUCCAUUGGCCUUGGUGUAGAAAAAAAAAUAGAGGUUAAAAUAAGGAAGUUACAAUGCCGUUGUUCCAUAUUUUGAUUGCCCUCCUUUAGUGGUCAAAGAUGCCAUGCUGUUCCAUCUGUCCCCAACCUUUUGAGUGGCAAAUAUAUGGAUAAAUAAAGGUUGUUGGCUGUCCAAUUA